AAAAUGUGAUCAGUUGCUUUUGAUAAGUCGCGCUAAGCGGUUGUGUUCGAUAAAUCUGUUAACACUUUCCAAUUAUGGAACCUAUAUCGCUAUGUUUUUUGGUUCUUUUAUUAUUUUGGCUCUUAAUAUUCCUUGUAUAUCGUUGUGCAGCUUGUGGUGACGACUGUGAAACCCAAGAAACACCACAACUCAAAAAAACGGACACUGCUCUGACAGUUUUGGAGCUAGCUGCCGAUGUUAUGAAUACUUCCAACAAUGAUUCCUAUGAAGCCGAAGCUGAUUUUGCGGUGUCUGUCAUAGAAGUGGCAGCCGAAGUUAUCACAGCUUCAUCGGAUUGUGGCUGUGAUGGUGCAUCGAUGGGUUCCAAUUGCUUUUAGCUCUGAGAAUCAAAUCAAAACAUAAUAAUUUAAAUUGAAUCAUUUUGUAAACACUCUCGAAUACUUGCCAAUACUUUAACGUAUGUAAACAGAAGACUGAUUAAGUUUUAUUUUUUAAUUUGGAUAUAGGGUGAAUCGUUUUACAUUCAUCUCAAAUAAUGAAUUAAUGAAAAUUUUAGUCUUAAUAAAUAUGCUCAGCAAAAGUGAUUAUAAUGGAAUUAUCAUGUGUUGAACACGUGUGCUAUAAACAAUAAAAGCUAUUCAUAUAUUUUAUUAAAAUAGUUGUCAAAAACAUUUCAGCUAUGUUUUGUAGGCUGACUGAUAUCUUUUUUGUGCAGCUCAAUUUAAAGAAUUCAUAUUGAAACUUGUUUUCGAAUAUGUAGAAAUUUAUUCUCAAUAAAGGUUUUCAGUAUGAUUUUUAUUCAUUUUAAUACGCAAAUUUGCGGAGCUAAUUUUGUAUUGUUUUCACAAU